AUGCAGUCAGAGGUUCAUUUUGUCAAUGGAUAUUAUAGCACAUAUCACACACUCAUGAUUCCAGCAAUCCUGCAUACAUCAAGCACUCAUGAUUCUAGCAAUCCCAUAGCAUUCCUUGAUCCUGAAAUUCCUCUAUAUCGUUUGACUCCAAUGGAAUCCUCAUUUGAAGUUACCUCUGAAAUCUCCUCUCCAUAUCACCUUCACCCCUCUGAUUCUCCCAGCCUCAUUCUCAUCUCCUGCAAUCUCACCGGUGAUAACUUUCCCAAAUGGCAAUGCACUCUUCGUCAAGCCCUCAAUGCCAAGAACAAACUAUGCUUUGUUGAUGGCACCCUCAAUGCCCCACCCACCACUUCACCCGAUUAUGCCCAAUGGAGCCGCACCAAGGACAUGGUCCUCACUUGGAUCCUCAACACCAUCACUCCUUUUCUAUCAAAUUCCCUGGACUACCAUGAUGACCCACAAGAACAGCAAAGGAUCCUUCAUGUCUCACGCACUCCAUCGGAAAAUGUUGCCCUCACUGCUCGGAGUUCUCACCAUGACCGACCACCUUUCAAGUGCACCGAAUACGGUAAAGAUGGGCAUUUGCGCAACCGUUGCUGGCUGAUAAUCGGCUAUCCCCCUGGACGCGAACCCCGCAAUCAUCGCAAGCUAUCACUGCUCGGAAAACCCCCUUCCGCAAUAGUUCACCUUACCAAAUCUUUCUCUAGUCCAGUGCCUGGCCUCUUGUUGGAGAGCUAUCAACAACUCAUGAACCUCUUGAAAAACCCAUUCCCAAAUCCAAAUUUCGUUGGUAACUCCCUCUCAACUCUCUCAUUUUUUGAUCCUCAAAUUGAUUGGAUAAUCGAUAGUGGCUCCACUGAUCAUAUGAGCCCCUGA